AUGAUCAUCCCGAUUCGAUGCUUCACAUGUGGGAAGGUGAUUGGAAACAAGUGGAAUGAAUAUCUUGAACUACUCCUAGCAGGUUAUGAAGAAAAAGAGGCACUUAAUAAAUUGGGUUUGGUUCGAUAUUGCUGUCGAAGAAUGUUGACGACACAUGUCGAUCUCAUCGAAAAGCUUCUCAACUACAACACAUUAUUGGAGGAUAAUAAUGUGACUCAAUAA